AUGGGCAGUCUCCCCACAGACACCUUCUCCCCUUUAGACUCUAACACUUUCAUAGAUGAGUCAAAAAUGGUGAUCGAUUUCAUUUCUGACUAUUACAAGAAUAUAGAAAAAUACCCAGUUCGAAGCCAAGUUCAGCCUGGAUACCUUUCAGGCGAAUUGCCUCAGUCAGCACCAUAUAGUCCUGAGUCGUUGGAAGAUAUCCUAAAAGACGUUUCUCAUAAAAUUAUGCCAGGCCUCACUCACUGGCAAAGUCCCAACUUCUUUGCAUACUUCCAAGCAAAUGCCAGCAAUGCUGGCUUUCUUGGAGAGAUGCUUUGUUCAGGCCUGAAUAUCGUUGGCUUCAAUUGGAUUUCAUCUCCAGCCGCAACCGAACUAGAAUCCCUUGUCAUAGAUUGGCUGGGAAAAUUGUUGAACCUUCCGCCUUCAUUUCUCUUCUCUGGUAAUGGAGGCGGUGUCUUGCACGGCAGCACAUGUGAGGCUGUAGUAUGCACUUUGGCUGCAGCAAGAGAUAAGACCUUGAAAAGGAUGGGAUGGGAUAAAAUUACAAAGUUGGUGGUUUAUGCCUCUGAUCAAACUCAUGCCACUCUCUUCAAGGGUACCAAAUUAGUUGGUAUCCCAUCCUCUAAUAUCCGUUCUCUCCCUACUUCAUUUUUAUCUGGGUUUUCCUUGCCACCUCAAACACUUCAAGAAGCAAUCGAAAAUGAUAUAAAAUCUAGGUUUUAUCCAUUGUUUCUUUGUGCCACUGUGGGAACAACUGCCUGCGGAGCAGUUGAUCCUAUACGAGAUCUGGGGGAAAUUGCUACGAAAUACAACUUAUGGUUCCACAUUGACGCAGCUUAUGCUGGGAGUGCCUGCAUAUGUCCCGAGUUCAGGCAUUAUUUGGAUGGUGUAGAACUUGCAGAUUCAAUUAGUAUGAACCCACAUAAAUGGUUACUCACUAACAUGGACAGUUGUUGUUUGUGGGUUAAGCAACCCCAUUCAUUAAUCAACUCAUUAGCCAGUGAUGCAGAAUUCUUGAGGAAUUCCGCGAGUGAAUCAAACAAUGUAGUGGACUACAAAGAUUGGCAAAUUGCAUUGAGCAGGCGAUUCAAGGCCUUAAAGCUUUGGGUUGUUCUACGUAGACAUGGAUUGAGCAAUAUUAUGUACCACAUACGCAGCGAUGUGAAUUUGGCAAAGUGGUUUGAGUCCCUGGUGAGUACGGACAAGAGGUUCGAGAUAGUAGUGCCCAGGAGGUUCGCCUUGGUUUGCUUCAGGCUCAAACCCAAUAAUGGAGUCAAUGGUUCCGAAUUGAACAGGCGACUACUGUCUUCUGUGAACGAAAGCGGACGUGCCUUCAUGACUCAUGGGGUGGCAGGAGGAGAGUAUUUUAUCCGCUGUGCGAUUGGAUCCACAUUGACUGAAGAAAGACAUGUAAGUGAGUUGUGGAAGCUGAUUCAAGAUAAGGCUCAAACAAUUCUUGCUAAUGCAGCAAGAGAGGAGCAGGAUGCACCUGAUGUCAUAGUUGGUACAUUUUCUCUUUUUGACUUCGUAGUGCAUGCAUUGAUAGACCUAGGUUCAACUCAUUCUUACAUGUGCACUGCCAUCCCAGUAGAGAGGGGUUUAAGGGUUGAAACCAUUGAGCAGGAUAUCCUAGUUACUAACCCUUUAGGCCAUAGUGUGAUAGUGAAUAAGAUCACUGUUGUGGGUGAAAGGACAGAUUAUCUAUCUAAUGUUAUAUCAGCCACUACUGCAAGGAGGUUGAUAAGAAAGGGUUGUGAAGCUUACUUGGCACAUGUGUUUGAUACUAGGAAGGCUAAGCCUGACCUUCAUGACAUAUCCAUUGUAUGUGAUUUUUUAGAUGUUUUCCCUAAGGAGUUAUCUGGUUUGCCACCAAAGAGGGAAGUGGAAUUUGCUAUAGAGGUUAUGCCUGGAUUCUCUCGCAUAGCAUUGCCAUUGACUAAAUUAUUACACAAGAAUGUUAAGUUUGAGUGGGAUGAUAGAUGUCAAGCAAGCUUUGAAAAGUUGAAAGGGAUGCUUACAGAGGCACAUAUUCUUAUACAACCAUUUUUGGGGAAAAACUUUGUAAUUUAUAGUGAUGUGGAUUAUGGUGCGUAUUGA